AUGGACCCACGGAUCUUAUUAACUACUACUACUACUACUACCUCCUCAUCUUACGCCCACACCCCACGUCCACAUCCAAUUGUAACUUCCACCAUCACACCUGCUCGCCACGUCACCUCAACCAUCACACCGCCCCCCCACGUCACCUCCACCAUCACACCCGCCCCCACGUCAUUCCGCCAUCACACCUGCCCCCCACGUCACCUCAACCAUCACACCCGCCCCCCACGUCAUCUCCGCCAUCACACCCGCCCCCCACGUCACCUCCACCAUCACACCCGCCCCCACGUCACCUCCCCACCAUCACACCCGCCCCCACGUCACCUCAACCAUCACACCCGCCCCCCACGUCACCUCAACCAUCACACCCGCCCCCACGUCACCUCCCCACCCACCGCACCCCCCCCACGUCACCUCCACCCACACCCGCCCCCCACGUCACCUCAACCAUCACACCCGCCCCCACAUCACCUCAACCACACCCACCCCCACGUCAUCUCCGCCAUCACACCGGCCCCCACGUCACCCACCAUCACACCCGCCCCACGUCAACCAUCACACCCGCCCCCACGUCACCUCAACCACACCCGCCCCCACGACACCUCCACCAUCACACCCCCCCACGUCACUCCACCAUCACACCGCCCCCACGUCACCUCCACCAUCACACCCGCCCCCACGUCACCUCAACCAUCCACACGCCCCGCGACACCUCCACCAUCACACCCGCCCCCACGUCACCAACCAUCACACCGCCCCCACGACACCUCCACCAUCACACCCGCCCCCCACGUCAUCUCCACCACCACACCCGCCCCCACGUCACCUCAACCAUCACACCCACCCCCCGUCACCUCAACCAUCACACCGCCCCCACGUCACUCAACCAUCACACCGCCCCCCACUACACUCACACACCGCCCCCCACGUCACCUCAACCAUCACACGCGCCCCACGUCACCUCAUCACACCCGCCCCCCGUCACCUCAUCACACCUCGCCCCCACGUCACCUCCACCAUCACACCGCCCCCCACGUCACCUCCACCAUCACACCUGCCCCCACGUCACCUCAACCAUCACACCCGCCCCACGUCACCUCCACCAUCACACCCACCCCACCCACGUCAUCUCCGCAUCACACCCGCCCCCACAUCUCCGCCAUCACACCCGCCCCCACGUCACCUCAACCAUCACACCUGCCCCCACGACACCUCCACCAUCACGCCCACCCCACGUCAUCUCCGCCAUCACACCGCCCCCCACGACACCUCCACCAUCACACCCCCCCCACGUCACUCUCCGCCAUCACACCCGCCCCCCACGUCACCUCCGCCAUCACAUCCUCCCUCACGUCGACCUCCCUCCCCACCUGCCUGAGCGGCUCACCUGGCCACAAGGUGGAGGCGAGGCAUCGAUCCAGUGAGCAACACCGCCUGGCCCAGCUGGUCCUGGUAAGACGGAUCUUGUGUGGCCCAACACUUGACUGUCUGGGGUGCCUGCUGAGGGUCCUGGGGGAUAGUCAAGGCCCUGAGGGAGAGUCAGGUCCUGAGGGAGAGACAGGAUCCAGGGUAGAGUCAGGUCCUGAGGGAGAACUCAAGCCCUGGGAGGGCCAGGGUUCUGUGGAGAGUCAGGGUCCUGAGGAGAGUCAGGGUCCUGGGGAGACAGGGUCCUGCAGAGUCAGGGUCCUGAGGGAAAAUCAAGGCCCUGGGGAAGAGUCAGUGUCCUGGGGAGAGUCAGGGCCUGAGGAGACAGGGGUCCUAGGGGAGUCAGGCCUGGGGGAAGAACCAAGGCCCUGGGAAUAG